AUGACUUCAUCAGAUGUGCAUACUAUAUUAGAAGCUUUAGAGGCAGUAAAACAGGAUUUUACAUGUGUCGUUUGUUUAGAAAUGUGUAAAAAACCGGUCACCUUAAAAUCUUGUUUUCAUUUAAUUUGUGAAGAACACUUCGAGAAAUUAGACAAAUGUCCUAAGUGUCAUACACGCAUAACAGAAAAUGAGGCCUUUAAGGACAACAGGUUGGAAGCUUGUGUUCAUUCUGCUAAAGAGCUAGAUAAAAUGUUUGCCCCCUUAAAAAUGAACUCAAGUACGUUACAAUCGUCUAAGGUAGACGAUAGCGCCACCACUGAUGUAAAUACAACAAAAAGUGCUAAAAUGAUAAAAUCCAAAGCCGAAGCUAAAGAAAAAAGUAAAGCUUCUACAAAAUCUAAUAAGAAAAUCUCAAAAAUUGAAAAUGUUAAUAUUGCAAGCUCAUCAAAAAUGAAUAAGGCUCUUAAAAAACGUAUUAACAAAUGUGAGACUGCUACACAUGUUACUUGCCCUCCUGAGGUCGGUAGGGCAGCGGAACUGCUCAAUGAGGGUAACAAUCCAAACCCUAAUCCAAAUGCUUCACUUCUAUCUGUUGCAAGCUCUUCAAAAUUGAGUAAGACUUUUGAAAAACGUAACAUUAAAGGUGAGACUGCUUUACAUGUAGCUUGCCGUCUUGGGAAAGUUGAUAAAGUGGUAGAGUUGCUCAAUGCGGGUGCUAAUCCAAACACUAAAGAUAAUGCAGGGUGGACACCCCUCCAUGAAGUUGUCCAGAAUGGUAGACUUGACUUGGUCAAGUUAUUGCUUCAACACAACACUCUCAUCAAUGUGCCAGGUCAGGGUAAUGAAACCCCGUUACACGAAGCAGUGAGAUACAAUCAUAAAGAUAUUGUUGAAGAGUUAGUUAAACAUGGUGCUCAUUUAUAUGCAAGAAAUUGCAAAGGCGAGACACCUGUACAGUUAGCCUCUAAUGACAUUAAAAAGGUAUUGGAGGAAGCUGCUGAAAAUAUACUACAAACGCAGGGUGCUAAUGUGACUCACAUAUCUGAACUUCAAACAGAAGUUGAUUUCGAUGACAUAAAGAUACACUGUAUCUCACAAUUUCGUACAGUUCACAAUAAAUUAAAAACAUUAUGCAAACAUCAUAACAAUAUGCAUAUUGAGGCAAAAUUCACCAAAAAGGUUACACAUUUAUUAGUUGACACCGAAGAUGAUGGAGUGUGUUCACCUAAUUUAGAUGUUUUACAGGGCAUAGUUUAUGGGAUUUGGAUUUUAUCAUCUCAAUGGAUAACAAAUUCUACAGAAGAGAAAUUGCAACCAUUCACGAUGUAUGAAGUGAAGGGAGUUGGUUCUAACAAAUUCAAUGGCCCUAAAAAUGCUAGAUAUAACAAAUAUAAACAGCUUCCUGGCCUUUUCAAUGGUUGUCAUUUUUAUUUGCACAACUUCAUCACUAAUUAUGAAAUUUCUAAAUCUAUUAUCCUGAAUAAAACAAUUCUUUCGAAAUUAAUAACUGAUGCUGAUGGUAUUGUUCUCAGACGGGUUCCGAACCCUGAAUCAAUUCCAGAGGCAGAGAAACUAGUGCCAUAUCAUGCAAAGAAGGGUGGAAAAUUGGAUAUGUGUUCCCAUUACAUAAUUUUCAAAGACAUGUAUGAACCAAUGUACAAUAUGAAACACAUCAAAGCAUUGCCAGUUGGUUGGUUAAUUGAAUGUAUCGAGAAAUAUGAGCUUUGUGAACCUGAGUAA